AUGUCCGAAGAUUCUUUUGUUGUUACCUGUUCCAUCUCCCAGAAUCCUGACUCUUUUAUACCCACCUAUGCCCUUAUUGAUACCGGAGCCUCUGGAUACGCUUUUAUUGACGAAUCUUUUGUACGCCACAAUAAUCUUACAAUGACCCGCCUUAAAGUACCUCGUCAGGUAGAUGUUAUGGAUGGAAGGCCUAUUGAGUCAGGAAAGAUCACCCAUAUUGUUAAUGUGUCGCUGGAUAUCCAUGGUCAUCGGGAAACUGCAUCAUGUUUUGUAACGAAGCUGGGACACUAUCCAAUUGUGAUGGGAAUACCUUGGAUGCGACGUCACGAUGUUACGAUUCGGCCGAAGGAAAAUUUACUUAUUUUUGACUCUCGAAGCUGUUGUCAACACUGUUCACUCAGUGGAACGACAGUCACUGUCCAUGGAAUAUCGAUCCCUCUACCGGAACAUCAUACUAUUGUCAUUUCAGCAGUUGAGAAAUCCACCGUCAACGUUAAGCAACUAGUACCAAAGGAGUUCCACCAUCGUCUCCACAUGUUCCAAGAAUAUGAUGCUUCUGUCCUGCCCCCCCAUCGACCCUCUCAUGACAUCGAAAUAGUAUUGGAAGAGGGUAAACGACCACCCUACGGACCAAUAUAUGGGUUAUCACAGACUGAAUUAAAAGCGCUACGAGAAUACCUUGAUGAAAAUCUCCCAAAGGGAUUUAUCAGGGCCAGUGAAUCGCCGGCGGGAGCACCCAUACUGUUCGUGAAGAAAAAUGAUGGGACUCUUCGACUCUGUGUGGAUUACCGAGGUCUAAAUGCAAUCACGGUCAAAAAUCGGUAUCCGUUACCACUCUUGAAAGAAACUCUAGCCAAACUGUCAAGGGCACAGUACUACACCAAGUUGGAUCUACGCUGGGGAUAUAAUCAGAUCAGGGUAGCUAAGGGAGAUGAAUGGAAGACGGCGUUCAGGACUCGUUAUGGACAUUUCGAGUACACAGUAAUGCCAUUUGGGUUAGCCAACGCUCCGGCCACAUUCCAACAUUGGAUCAAUGAUAUCCUACGACCUUAUCUUGACCAAUUCGUAACGGCAUAUCUGGAUGAUAUCCUGAUAUAUUCGGAAACCUUGUCGGAACACAAGGAACACAUUCAGAAGGUUUUGAAGGUACUUGAUGAGAAUCAUGUUCACCUUAAGCCUGAAAAAUGUGAAUUUAUGGUCCAGGAAACAAAGUAUCUUGGCCUUAUUCUCACCCCUGAUGGGAAUAGGAUGGACCCGAAGAAAGUUGUUGAUGUUUUAGAAUGGUCUAUACCAAGGAAUCUUCAUGAUGUUCAGGUAUUUUUAGGUUUUGCGAAUUUCUAUCGACGGUUCAUCUUGGGAUAUUCGAAAAUUGUUGCUCCCCUUACAGCAUUAACAAAGAAGAAUGUCAAAUUCGAAUGGACAGAUGAAAGGGAGGGAGCAUUCCAGACAUUGAAGAAAAUGUUCACCACAGCACCCAUCCUAGCGCACUUUGAUCCGGAUCGAAAAAUCGUGAUAGAAACCGAUGCAUCCGACUACGUUUCUGCUGGAAUCCUGUCCCAACGUGAUGAUGAAGGAAUUUUACAUCCAGUUGCUUUCUUUUCAAAGAAGCAUUCCCCUGCGGAAUGCAACUAUGAAAUCUAUGACAAAGAACUUCUGGCAAUUGUACGAUGUUUUGAGGAAUGGCGACAUCAUUUGGAAGGGGCACAAUUCCCAAUCGAAGUCCUCAGUGAUCAUAGGAACCUCGAAUAUUUCAUGUCAACAAAGCUAUUAAACCGUCGACAAGCCCGUUGGUCGGAAUUACUUUCACGUUUCGAUUUCGUCAUUCAAUUUAGACCAGGGAAACAAGGGGUAAAGCCGGAUGCAUUGACUAGGAGGUCGGGUGACCUACCUAAGGAGGGGGAUGAACGGUUGACGCAUCAAAGCCAGGUGGUUUUGAAGCGAAAAAAUUUGGAUUCAAAGCUAAGUUUGUUCGCGGGUUCUUUUUCAAAUGAAUCCGCUGAAGGAAUGUCCACUGUAGAAGAGUUGUUUUUAAAUGCUUACCAAGUUGACAGUUUCCCGAACAAAGUACUCGCGAUGCUUCAGAAUGGCGUCCGUCACUCGAAUAAAAUCUCGCUUGCCGAAUGCACGGAAGAUAACAACGGUCGGCUACUUUACCGUGGCGCACUCUAUGUACCGGAUGACAACGAUCUUCGACUAAGGCUCCUAAAGGAACACCAUGAUAAACCAUCAGCAGGACAUCCUGGUAGAGCAAAGACCCUAGAGCUUUUGAAUCGAGAAUACUACUGGCCACAAAUGCGAAAGUAUGUCGACCAGUAUGUUCGGAAUUGCAAUGUGUGUGCCUGUAGUAAGGCACUACGUAAUGCGCCUUAUGGAGUACUCCGUCCCAUGCCAAUACCUGAUGGACCGUGGACGGAUGUGUCAAUGGAUUUUGUCACCGAUCUCCCCGAAAGCAAUGGGUAUAAUGCGAUUCUAGUUGUGGUAGAUAGACUAACCAAAAUGCGACAUCUAAUACCAACGACUAAGGAGGCAGACUCGAGGGAAGUAGCGAGGCUGUAUAUCGAAAAUGUUUGGAAAUUACAUGGGUUACCCGACACUAUGUUUUCUACUGCGUUCCACCCUCAGACGGAUGGACAGACGGAAAGGAUUAAUGCCGUGAUGGAACAGUACCUUCGGAGUUAUGUUUCCUAUCAACAAGAUGACUGGACUCGAUGGUUACCAAUGGCUGAAUUUGCGACCAACAAUCACGCUUCGGAAACAACAAAGAUAUCUCCUUUCUUUGCCAAUUCAGGACGAAAUCCAAGAAUGACGUUCGGUCCUUUGGAACAUGGUAGGACGACAGCAGAGGAUCAGGCUAAUGGUAUCGCACGGGAGAUGAAGGAGGUAUUAGAUUUUCUACGAGAUGAGUUGUUCCGAGCACAAAGGAUUCAAGAAGAAUCGGCCAAUACCAGUCGGACUCCCGCCCCUCAUUAUCGUGUGGGAGAUAAAGUUUUUCUAUCGACCCGCCAUGUCCUCACCAGACGACCCUCGAAGAAACUCGAUUGGAAGCGUAUUGGGCCGUAUGUCAUUAAGCGAAUCGUUAAUCCCUAUGCCUACGAGCUAGAACUUCCCCGGUCUAUGAAAGUUCAUUCCGUAUUCCAUGUCUCUUUAUUGUCGUCUGCAGCAAACGAUCCCUUACCAGGACAACAACAGUUACCACCACCGCCAGUCGAAGUUGAAGGACAGGAGGAGUGGGAAGUCGAGGAUAUUUUGGAUUCCAGGGAUCGUCGGGGAAGAUUUGAAUACUUGGUUAAGUAUGCCGGUUAUAAUGAAGCUUCGUGGCAGCCAUUGUCGGAUGUUGAACAUUCGUCCGAUAUUGUCAAACGAUUUCAUAAACGAUAUCCACGGAAGCCUAAGCCUACCAGGAGGUAG